AUGCAUUCACGGGACAAUGAGUUGUCUCCCCCACAGUUGUUCCACCAGUGGGCCUCUUAUCGCGCCAGUGACAUUUUAAUGCCGCAACCUGGUCGCCUUCAGCUAGUCCACAGGCUUCAAAUGCCACACAGUAGCUGCUUCUGCGGACAUUCGGCGACUAUCGCCAUCAUAGACCACACCUACCGGGGACGGGAAGAGUUCCGCCGCGCAGCUGACAAGAUUGGCGAUGCUAACGGGAAGCCGCUCGACCUGAACAAGUACGUGGUCCCAUGCGCAUUCAACAACAUCGUGUCCUUCUUCUAUGGUGACCUGUUUACCCACGACCACCCGAUGCGCUCGAAACUCCAUAGCCUGAUGAACCAGGCGGCGGCCGUGCUCUUCGUCGGCCAAUUGAGUCAGCAGCCGCUUGCUUUAACCGCAGACGACUACCUGGUCGGAAAUAUAAACUCGUUCCUCAUGGCCGGAACCUUCAGCACCAGCAUGACAUUGAUGUGGCAGAUGAUAAACUUUGCAAAAAACCCAGACACGGUGCAAGCGCGGGUGCAACGGGAAAUUGACGAGGUGGUCGGACACGAACGCCGGCCAACAUGGGAGGACCGGAAGCGGAUGCCGUACACGAUGGCCUCCGUCUGGGAAGUUGAACGAUGGAAGACUCCCUCGGCGCUCGGCGUGGCAAGAGAGUGCGCAGAGGAUGUUGUUGUUGGUGAUAUCUUCAUUCCGAAGGGCACAAUAGUUCUUCCGAACAUGUGGGCGGUUCACAAUGACCACAGUCUUUGGAAGGAGCCGGCGAAGUUUUAUCCGGAACGCUACCUCAGUGAAGAUGGAAAAUCGCUUUUGCACAAGCCCCAACACUAUAUACCAUUUUCGAUCGGUCAACGAGCUUGCGCAGGAGAGACGUUUGCCAAAAUGGAGAUAUUCCUCUUAAUUACAUUUCUGCUUCAAAAAUAUCGCGUCGUGGCUGAGAACCCAAUAGAGUGGGAUUUGAAUGCUCCUGAGACUGAACUCUCGAACAUCAGUCACAUCAAGCUGCGCUUUUUACCAAGAAAGCUUGGCAAAGUUCAGCGAAAUGAUUGA